AAUCAUUAAUCUUGGGUUCCCACUUGGCGACUUGUGACAGACCCACCAAGCCAAGCACACCACCAGGCACACGCAACACUUCCAACUACCAGCAGCCCUCUCAGCUGUCCCCGGCAUGGACUGUGUCGCCUGAAUAUCCUGUUCGAUCUUUUAUCUACUUUGAAAAGAAGGGUACCUAGUCAGCCGCGUUUGUCAUCGCAUCUAGAGCAGCUGUCGGCAGGGCGGGAUGGGAAACAGCCAGGGAAAGCCCGUCGAUCUUGACGGCGAAGUGAACCUGAAUCACUUCCGUCUCCUGCGAGUAGUCGGUCGAGGUGCCUUUGGCAAGGUGCGCAUUGUCGAGCGAAAAGAUACCGGUCUGACAUUCGCCUUAAAAUACAUUAGAAAAGAUGAAGUUGUACGGUCCGAGAGCGUCAGAAAUAUCAUUCGAGAACGGCGAAUGCUCGAACAUGUCAACCACCCCUUUAUCUGCAACUUGCGAUACAGCUUUCAGGAUAUCGAGUACAUGUACUUGGUUGUUGACCUCAUGAGCGGCGGUGAUUUACGUUUCCACAUCUCGAGAAAGACCUUUACCGAAGCGGCGGUAAGGUUUUGGAUUGCAGAGCUCGGCUGUGCCUUGCGCUACAUCCACGGGCAAAACAUCAUCCACAGAGACGUCAAGCCCGACAACGUGCUUCUCGAUGCUGAUGGCCAUGUCCAUUUGACUGACUUUAAUGUUGCUUCGGACAUUGUGCCGGGAAGGACAUUGACGAGCAAGUCCGGUACCUUGGCAUACCUUGCCCCAGAAGUCUAUGCUGGUAAGGGCUACGAUGUCCGUGCUGAUUGGUGGUCGUUGGGUGUUUUGUUCUACGAGUGCAUCUAUAACAAGAGGCCAUUCGAGGGCAACUCCGAACAGUCACUCAGCCAGACUAUCCAAGCCGCCAACCCCAGAUUCCCCGUAACACAGCCUCCAGUUCAGUUGAGCUGUAUGUACGCCAUAAAGGACGCUUUGGAGUUCAACCCAGAUAAGCGUCUGGGUCACACCUGGGAGAGCUUCAUCUACCACGAGUUCUUCUCUGGCAUCGACUUUGACGCCCUAGAGAGGAAGCAGGUAGAGCCCGUGUUCGUCCCGUCAUCGGAGAAGACAAACUUUGAUGCCACAUACGAUUUGGAGGAACUUUUACUGGAAGAAGCACCAUUAGAAGCUCGUGCAAGAAGGCAGAAGCCGCGCGAGAAGCUAAAGGAUGACGCCACAGAGAAGGAGAUCCGUGAAGAGGAACUCUACCGGAUGAUUGAGACCGACUUCCGUCCCUUCGAUUACACAUUAGCUGCCUACAAGAAAAUUACCGAAGGACAAGCCGAGACACCCGACGGCCAGCCUACCCCCGUGACAGACGAAAACACCCGCCCGGCACAAGCCCUUACAACAGACGAAGCGACACAGAUGACCUCGCACGCGCCGUCGCACGCGCAUUCGCACUCACAAGCGGUGCAAACCCACCACCCCAACGGCAGCCACUCCUCUUUCCAACACUCCAACGCCCCCAACGGGCAAGUGGCUCACAACCCAAACAUACCCGAGCGAAGCAACUCGAUGCCCAAAAGCUCUGAACGAAACGUUCCUGAGAGAAGCAACUCGAUGCCAAAGAACACCGAACGAAACGUCCCCGAACGAAGCAACUCGAUUCCCAAGAACCCCGAACGAAGCAACUCGAUUCAAAGCGCCCACUCACAUUCCCAUGGCUACAACGCCUACGACUCGCAACGGGCCGCCGUCGGUCCCCGACCUACCAGUUCGCACCGCCCAGGCCGCAGCGGCGGCGUCCCGGCUAGCCGUCCUCCACCAUUACCUCCUUACCCGCAGUCAUACACCACCCCGGUUCGUCAGGGCCGGGGCAACGGAUCGUCGUCGUUGAUGGUGGGGAGUCCGACGGGGGGUGUGCAGGUUACGCUGGAUGGAGGGGGUAGCUGGAGCGAUUUGGCGAGACAGGAUGCCACGCUGCCGACGGAUGCGGCGGCCGCACUCGGUGGGGGCGCUGGUGGGAAAGACAGUGGAGGUGGAGGCAUUUUUGGAUUGUUCAGAGGAAAGAAGGGGAGGGGGAGCAGUCCCAAACCGAAAGAGAGGGGAGUGCUGGGUAAGGAAGGGGCUAGGGUUGUUGUUGGUUAAAUAAAUGGGGGAGGGUAGAGAAGAGACGAAUGGAAAAUGAAGGAGGAGGAUAUCACGGCCAUAUAUAACGAAACUACAAGGGAGGACCUUCUACAACAACAAGAAGAAGACUAGGAGGAGAAUAUCUCAGGGGUAUCAUUGGGUGCAUACAUCAUCGUCUUUCCACAUUUGUCCAUGUCAUACAUAUCAUCAUCAUCAUCAUCAUCAUCCAUCAGCGCCAUGUUGAAGGGAGUUGGCUCAUUGGGAAGAGUUGGUUCACGGGCGCAAACGGGAGGGUGGGGU